UUUGGAAAUACCUGCUACAGUAAUUCCGUGCUCCAAGCCCUGUAUUUCUGCCGGCCGUUUCGAGAGAAGGUGUUGGAGUACAAAGCGAGGAACAAAAGAACCAAAGAGACUCUGCUGACAUGUCUGGCAGAUUUAUUUUACAGUAUUGCAACUCAGAAGAAAAAAGUUGGUUCCAUCGCCCCAAAAAAGUUCAUUGCAAGACUAAGAAAAGAGAAGGAGGAGUUUGAUAAUUACAUGCAGCAGGAUGCACAUGAAUUCCUGAACUUCCUCAUCAAUCAUAUUAACGAAAUUAUUUUGGCCGAAAGGAAUCAAAGCAAAACAGGACCUGGAAAAGGCGGAACAGGAGACUCAGGAACACCACCGGAGCCAACUUGGGUGCACGAGAUAUUUCAGGGUAUUUUAACGUCAGAGACACGUUGCCUUAAUUGUGAGACUGUGUCCAGUAAAGACGAGGAUUUUUUUGAUCUACAAGUAGAUGUCGAUCAGAAUACAUCCAUCACCUACUGCCUCAAAUGUUUCUCGAAUACUGAAACACUCUGUAGUGAUAAUAAAUUCAAGUGCGAUCACUGCAGUAGUUAUCAGGAGGCCCAGAAGCGUAUGAGGCUGAAGAAAUUGCCAAUGAUACUUGCGUUACACUUGAAGAGAUUCAAGUAUGUUGAGCAGUACAAUCGACACAUUAAAGUGUCACACAGAGUGGUUUUUCCACUCGAGUUGAGGCUUUUCAAUACUAGCGAUGACGCCGUUAAUCCGGAUCGUCUCUACGACUUGGUAGCUGUUGUUAUUCAUUGCGGGAGUGGGCCUAAUCGUGGACAUUAUAUUUCCAUUGUUAAAAGCCAUGGGUUUUGGCUAUUGUUUGAUGAUGACGCAGUGGAUAAAAUUGAUGCAUCGAACAUAGCUGAUUUUUACGGUCUCACUUCAGAUAUCCACAAGACCUCCGAGACUGGUUACAUUCUCUUCUACCAAUCACGAGAUUGCAAUCAAUGAAAAACGUGCAAAAAUAAAAUUCAAUUAAUAAAGAAAGGGAAACACUAAUGUGACAAUUAUUACGAUUAAGAGAAUAAGUGAGAGAUUAAAACAGGCUUCCUCGUUUUUGUUCUUUCAUACUCUAUUUUCUCAUGAGAAAACGAAUGAAAUGUUUCUUUUAUUUAUUUUGAUUGUCUCCCUGAACUAGUCCGUAUUGAAUUGAAAGAAUAAAAACCAGAUGGUUUUGCAUUAAUUACGUAGUGGAUAAUUGUGAAGUUGAAUUCGAGAGAAAUUAAAUGCCAAUAGUUAUGAA